CUCACCACCACACCUACAACAACAACCACCAAGAUGCCUCCCUCACCACAAACAGCAAAAUUAACCAGCACCCUCCACCUCCUAAUCCCACGCCUCCGCCUCCUCCAAAAGAAAGACACCGCCAGCUCCGUCGUCCAACGUCGGGACCUCUCCACCCUGCUAGCCGAGAACCGCUCCACGAGCGCCCGCAUCCGCGUCGAGAAUGUAAUCGCGACCGACACCGCCGUCGAAGUAAUGGAGAUGGUAGAACUCUACUGCGAAUUACUUCUCGCGCGGGCGAAUCUCCUCGAUCAAUCUGCCUUUGGGGAGAAGGGGGCGCGCGCGCGGAGUAGAGCGCGGGGGGAGGCGCAACGCCAUCAAGCUACUUCAUCUACUUCGUCAUCAUCUAAAGGUGCAGAGGGGAAAAGCUCAGGGUUCUCGUUUUGGGGGUUCGGGCGGAAACAACAACCACAACAACAACAACAAACCCAUCAAACUACAUCACAAGCAGCACAAACCCCCACAACAAACGAGAGUGGUGGAGAAGAAGCAAGCGCAGUGGAAAAAGAAGGCUACAUUGACCCCGCGCUCGACGAAGCCGCGGCAGUGAUAUUCUACUCGUAUGCGCGGUUCCCGCACGAUAUCCGGGAAAUGACGAUCCUGCGGGGAUUACUUAGCGAUCGAUGGGGGAAGGAUUUCAUGAUGCUGGCGCAGGAGAAUAAGCUGGAAGAGGUGAAGGUUCCGGAACGGUUGGUGAGGGGGUUGAGGGUGAAGCCGCCUUCGGAGGAGUUGGUGGAGAGUUAUCUUGUUGAGAUUGCGAGGGCGUAUGGGGUUACUUGGCCGGAUGGGUCUGUUGCUUCGCCGGAGGGGGAUGUGCCGAGUUUUGUGGAGGAUGAGGAUAGGGAUGAGGGUGAUGGUGAUGGUGGUGGAGAUGUGAAGUUGCCGUCUACGCCGAGGAAGAUCGGUCAGUCUGGUGAUAGUGAGAAUGACGUGCGCCGGGCAUCCGAGACAAUGGAGUUGAAUAAGGCGACGCCGCCGCGGGGGCUAUAUUCUGAGGGAAAGAGUCCAGUGAGUGUGGCGCCGCCGGGGCCGAGGGUGGAUAAUUUGAAUCCCAAGGUGAAGGUACCUGGGGAGGAGGAUGUGUCUAAAGAGGCAAGGCAGUCGAAGCCGGCGAAGAGUGAUAUACCCGAGUUGGAUGAGUUGACGAGACGAUUUGCGGCGUUGAGACGGUGACAUGCACAUUCCCUCCACACUCACUACAUUAACAGUUACGAUGUUAUGAUGAUAAGCACGAGCAAAACUUCUAUUAGAUGCAUGCAUGCAUCCAUCUAUCUAUCCUCUCUGUUCUCUCUUUUGUCAUCCAAUGCAU